GCCGGCCAGGUUCUUAAACCAAGGGUGCCACCCUCCGAGGCACCCAUCACCAAGGAACCGCCGUCUCCUCCAUCACCAACUCUUCCCCUCCAUGUGGCUGUAGGGAUUGUACAGUAACCAAAAAAGAAAGAAGAGAGGGGGGCAAAGCCAUGGGGACCCCAGGCAGCUCAGGGAGGGAGAGAGCCCUUCUUCUGCUCACGGCACUGGUUUCGACAAUGGUGCUAACUCCAACUUUGGCCAUCCACGUUUACACAGACCGGGAAGUCCAUGGCACAGUAGGCUCCAAAGUUACACUUUCCUGCUCCUUUUGGUCUAGGGAAUGGAUCUCCGAUGACAUCUCCAUCACCUGGCAUUUUCAGCCAGAAAAUGGCAGAGACUCUGUUUCGAUAUUCCACUAUGCCAAAGGCCAGCCUUACAUAGACGACAUUGGACGCUUCAAGGAGCGCGUUGAGUGGAUUGGUAAUCCUCGCUGGAAAGAUGGUUCCAUCGUCAUCCAUGACCUGGAGUACAUAGACAACGGCACCUUUACAUGUGAUGUCAAGAACCCCCCUGACAUUGUGGGGAAGUCAUCUCAGGUCGUGCUCUACGUCUUUGAAAAUGUACCUACCAGGUAUGGUGUUGUGUUGGGAGCCGUCAUUGGAGGUGUUCUGCUCGUGGUCUUUGUUGUGUUGGUGAUCGCCUAUCUCAUUCGGUAUUGCUGGCUGAGGAGACAAGCCACUCUCCAGCGGAGACUCAGUGCUAUGGAGAAAGGGAAGUUGAGGCUGGGAAAGGAUUCUUCAAAAAGAGGCCGUCAGCAACCCGUCCUGUACGCCAUGCUGGACCACAGCCGCCUCACCAAGUCGGCAAGCGAUAAGAGGUCCAAGAAAUAGCGGUUAGCCGGCAGAGAAGGUACCCAGAAGAAGGUGGGCGAGAAGAAGGUCGUCAUGACCAUCGAGAUGGAACUGAAGAGGGACCAACUCGAGGCCGGAGGCCUCAAGCCCGCCGUCAAGUCCCCAAGCAAGAACAGCCUGAAAAACGCCCUCAUGAACAUCAUCAAAAGCGAUUCGGAAAAGUGAUUGGAUACUGAAAAGGUGGCGAUGAUCCCAGCCCUCCGUCCUGAGGAGAGAGGCCUGGAAUAGUCGCCCCUGCAUCCAACCCUCUUGGUUUUGUAUCCCGCCAUGUUCUUACACACUUCAUUAUAGCCCAUCUAGUCUGGGGCUGAUGGGAUUUGGGCAUAUUCCUGCCCAGUCUCUGUCCCUAUUAAGAUGGAGAGCCUUUCGCAUCAUAUACGUAUAUCCAAAGCAUAGGGAAUUUGCACCCACCUAAGUGACUUAACAUUAUUAAUAACUCCUAGGACUUUGUGUGCACAUUAAAACCAUGAGGCAAACUGAGGCAGGGUAAUCCUAGGGAACAAACGAUGCCCCCUCCCCAUUAUGAGGUGCCUCUUCUCUUUUAAGCCUAGAAACAGGCUGGUUCAGCAUCUUGGAACACCAUUCCACCCAUGCUUUGCUACUCAGAGUAGACACACUGAAAUUAAUGACCCUGGUUCAUUCAUUUCAACAGGUUUACUCUGAGUAAAACUUAGUUGAAUACCAUGCAGAUACUUUUUUUUCUGAGGCACAGGCGACUCUCCUGAGUGACCCAGUCUCGCCACUGUCAACUUCAAGACCUCCAUGCGAAAGCUGUAGAUAGACAAUAACAGACUGGGCUUAUUUUCUGGUUUUGUAAAUGGGAACCUGGCCUUCUGUUUAGGGUGAACCUUCACCCUAAACUACAGGGGUCCAACUCCCAUCAGUCACUAGGCCCGAUACGAUGCCUUGAGGCCUGGAUAGACAGGUGUCCUCCUAUUUCUAGUUUCCCUCAAAAUCCCCCCAAAUAUUGGCAAGAAAGACAUGCAACCCCCCCCCCCUGACAGGGGUACCUUCUACUGCCCAAACGGCUGUGACACAACCCUCUUCCGCUCGGUGUUUUUCGAGCACAGGUGUAUUUUUUUCCUAUUUCCCCCCUUUUUAAUCCAAGGAUCAAAUAUAUAUAUACGUGUCUCUGAGAUUCAGAAGGAUGGUUUAGCUCCCUUCCCCAAUCGCAGAUCACACCAUUCCACUUUUGUCUGUUUACUUCAGCUCCUGUUUGGCUGCUUAACAGGUGAAAAUGCUAAUUUUCCAGAAGGCAAGAUAGUAUUUUGCUGGCGCUCCAUCUCUGCCUAACCUUCGCUCUCGGGCGCCAGCUCUCUUUUGCCCCAAUCCUUGCAAAAGCACAUCACAGGGCCUAUCAAUGAAAUAAGGCACAAUGCAUUUGCCACAGAAUUUUGCUUUAGACACACUCAGGGGCUCCUGCUUUGAGCGAAGCAUCUGAGGAAUUUUGGGAGAAGUGAGAAAAACAAAGCACCCCCCAAAUUUCCUCAGGGAGGGGGUUUCGCCCAUCUCCAGGUUGUCACCAGAUUUUGCCCAAAGCUGAAUUCUAGGCAAAGGGUGAAGGUUUGAGGGAGGGGGGAAAUUAUGAGGCUUUUUGAUAAGAAAAAUGCCUCAGGCAGAUUCCCAUGCAUCCUUAUGCCUAAUCCCCUUCUCCUUCCCUGCCUUUAUCAUUGAUAUUCUGGUUCAUUCUGCAUCUUCACUAAUCCCCUUGAGGGAAAUUAAGCCAUCCUGGAAACAAGCCUUCUCGACAGUGGUUAAACCUUACAGUGUGAUCCUCAACCCACAGGAGGGUUGUUAUUAGUUGUUAUUAACCACCGAUAUAUUUCUGUUAGUCUCUCUUUCUUCUUCUCUUUCCCCGGUGACCGAACGCCACAUGACGUCACACGGUUAAUAUCUCUUCAUAUUGAGGCCUCAGUCUUUCACCUUCUAUGUCCUCAUUUCUUUUUUUUAUGAUGUGUCCUCCUCUGUUUUCAGAUUAACUCUUGUUACCCAUGACAACAUGCUCCGUAACUUAGUAGGCCCAACGGCCACUAAGUGAGCAAAAAAAAAAGAUCUGGAGGCCAAUCGUUCUGCUAGGCCAGGAAAACGCCAUACUGUUGAGGAUGGGCCCCUACCCAAACUUGUACUUGCAUUUGGACAUAUUAUUGCAUCCUCUGCUAUAUCGUAUCUGCACACUUUCCCCCCACAAUGCUUCAGAACCUUCCUUAUCAGUUGUGCGCAAGGAAUCUAACAACACUGGCAACUGGUAGGGCCUAGCAAAUAGAUUCGUCUCCAUAUUUUGUAUAUAGCCAACCACAAACACACACACAUACUUUCUGCGUAGCAGUCAACUGCCUUUGUGUUUUGGUUUUCUUGUUUUUAAAUGUUAUGUAAGAUGGUGUAUUUCAUUUCCUUUUUUGGGGGGUAGUGGGGCUUUCUCAACUUUGUGUACAUUUUCUCAAAAUCAGCAGCAACAACCAAAAACGAUACAUGACACAAUUUAAAAAAAAAA